AUGUCUGGCUCUUCUGACCACUCCAACACCAAACGCCUAAAUUUGGAGAAAGCAGCAAAUUUCAUGCGUCAAUAUAGAGACCCGCAAUCCAGGGAACUCAGAAAAUUGUCAGCGAACCAAUUCAUGGAAGUAUGGAGCCACUAUGACAAAGAUGGUAAUGGCUACAUUGAAGGGGCGGAGCUAGAUGGAUUCCUGCGUGAAUUUGUCUCAAGUGCCAAUACAUCUGACGUCGGACCAGAGGUGGUAUCUGACGAAAUGCUCAUCGAACUAAAAGCGUGUUUCAUGGAAGCCUAUGAUGAUAACCAAGACGGCAAAAUAGACAUAAGAGAGCUUGCUCAACUUCUACCGAUGGAAGAAAAUUUCCUUCUGCUGUUCAGAUUUGACAAUCCAUUAGAAUCUAGCGUAGAAUUCAUGAAGAUUUGGAGAGAAUAUGACUCGGACGGUAGUGGAUACAUCGAAGCUGAUGAGUUGAAAAAUUUCCUGAGAGAUUUGCUCAAAGAGGCCAAAAGGAUGAACGACGUCUCCGAGGAUAAACUGAUAGAGUACACAGACACAAUGCUGCAAGUAUUCGACUUCAACAAAGAUGGCAGGUUACAACUAUCCGAAAUGGCUAAGUUGCUACCAGUCAAAGAAAAUUUCCUUUGCAGGCAGGUUUUCAAGGAAGGCUGUGAAGGAGCCACCAAACUGACCAGAGCUGACAUCGAGAAAGUUUUCGCACUCUACGAUAGGGAUAACAAUGGUACAAUAGAAAACGAGGAAUUGAGAGGAUUUUUGAAAGAUCUGUUGGAACUGGUGAAGAAGGACUAUGAUGCUCAGGACCUCCAGGAUUUUGAAGAGACUAUACUGAGAGGUGUCGAUUACAGUCAAGAUGGCAAAGUUAACAAGAAAGAGCUCACAAUGAUCCUUUUGGCAAUCGCAAAACACAAUCAAGAGGAAGAAAGUACAUCCGCGUAG